AUGCCGCAGAGGAAUGGCAAGGAGACCGUGGGGAUGGAGAGGAAUAAGGGAGAGUGGAUAGGUCAGAGGGAUGGGGGUCAGACUUCGGAGGGACUGGCAGACAAGUGCAAGGACCUCAGCCUCUGCUCGCAGAGAGGGAAGUGGGCAGUUAGGAGGCACCGGGGUUCAGAAGGGGCUGGGAGCAACUUGCAGGUGUGCUACCAGGAAGAGGUGCUGAACCAUGAGGAUGCAGAGGGCUGGCUGAUGGAGGCGUGCAAAGGUGCAGAUGAGGCGGCUCUCACUGGUGCUGAGCUGGAAAAGUGCAUCAACAGCCUGAUGGACGAAAUCGCCUUUCUGAAGAAGGUGCAUGAAGAGAUCACCGAGCUGCAGGUGCAGAUCCAGUAUGCUCAGAUCUCCAUGGAGAUGGAUGUGUUCUCGAAGUCCAACCUCUCCACCACGUUCAAGGACAUCCAUGCCCAGUACGAGAAGCUGGCUGCCAAGAACAUGCAGAAUGCUGAAGAAUGGUACAAGAGCCGCUUCACCAUGCUGACUGAGAGAGCUGUCAAGAACACCUAUGCGGUGCGCACCGCCAAGGACGAGGUGUCCGAGAGCCGCCGCCUGCUCAAGGCCAAGACCCUGGAGAUGGAAGCAAGCUGGGGCAUGAACGAAGUGCUGGGAAAGCAGCUGCAAGAGCUGGAGGAUAAGCAGAAUGCCGACGUUAGUGCUACUCAGGACACAAUCAACAAAUUAGAAAAUGAGUUGAGAACUACAAAGAGUGAAAUGGCAGGAUAUUUAAAAGAAUACCAGGACCUCCUCAAUGUGAAGAUGGCUUUGGACAUUGACAUUGCAGCUUAUAGGAAACUCUUGGAAGGUGAGGAGACCCAGCUCAGUUUCACCAGCGUGGGAAGCAUAGCCAGCGGCUACUCCCAGAGUUCCCAGGUCUUUGGUCGAUCUGCCUAUGGUGGUUUACAGACCAGCUCCUACUUGAUGUCCACUCGCUCCUUCCCUUCUUAUUACACCAGCCACGUCCAGGAGGAGCAGAUCGAGGUGGAGGAGACCAUUGAGGCUGCAAAAGCCGAGGAAGCUAAGGAUGAACCCCCCUCUGAAGGAGAAGCUGAAGAGGAGGAGAAGGAGAAGGAAGUGGCUGAGGAAGAGGAAGGAGAGGAAGAGGAAGAAGGUGCCAAGGAAGAAUUUGAAAACACAAAGGAGGAAGAAAGAGGUGAAGGUGAAGGAGAAGAUGCCCAAGAAGCUGAGGAUGAGAAGAAAGAUGAAGGUGCUGGGGAGGAGCAAGCAACCAAGAAGAAAGAUUGA